AGUCAGCGUGCUUAAACCCUGCAAGGCACCAGACGGUUCGAGACGCAGAAGCCCCGUGACAAUUCGUUCGUUCGAUUCCUCCUCGGCUACGAGAAGGGAGGGCGAGAUGAGCUCUGCUCGUGCGUUUAAUGCAGGGCCGGAACCGGAAUUUGGAGGGAUGAUAGGUUUGCCCACUGGAGCUAGACCACUGCUUCCACAAUCCAAAUCUCUGCGCGUGUUUGCAAAACCCCUGUCAACUGAAUCGGUGUGGUGAAGCAGACAUUGCGAUUUUCUGUCUCGCAAGUUGGAUCUUCUUGUCGUGUUGGCCCCGCUUCCAUUGCUUCACAUGUGCACCGUCGUGCGGAGAGCUCACAUCUUGCUUCUGGACGAAUGACUUGCACUUUCAUGACCAUCCAGCGAUUUUGCGGAAGGGUAGUCUCAGCUUGGAGCAACUCGGGCCGUCGGUAUUCUGACUGUCUGUGAAGUCUGUGGAUUGCUGGUCGUCAAGAUGAAGUUCAAAAUCGAAGGUUUGACGGUUUACUUUCCCUAUGAAUUCAUCUACCCGGAGCAGUAUCAAUACAUGGUGGAGCUGAAGAGAGCGCUCGAUGCGAAGGGACAUUGUCUGUUGGAAAUGCCUACCGGAACGGGAAAAACGAUCACUUUGCUGUCUCUUAUCACCAGCUACCAGUUGGCUAAUCCUGUCGGAAAGCUUGUGUACUGCACUCGAACUGUGCACGAAAUGGAAAAGGUUCUUGACGAGUUGCGGAGACUACACGCUUAUCAGGAGAAGGAAAUUGGAAAGGAGGCUGCGAAAAUUUUGGCUCUAGGUUUGAGUUCUCGAAAGAACAUGUGUGUACACCCGGAGAUAAGUGGCGAAGGGUCAAGAGAGAGCGUCGAUGCCGGGUGUAGAAAAUUGACUGCAUCGUGGGUGAGGAUUGCCGCUGUCGACAAUCCUAAUAUAAAGACAUGCGAUUUCUUUGAAAAUUAUGAGAAGAAGGGUGCAGAUGCGCUUUUACCUCCUGGAGUCUAUACUUUACACGACAUGAGAAGUUUUGGAAGAGAGAAAGGAUGGUGCCCUUAUUUCCUAGCUCGACACAUGAUCCAGUUUGCCAAUGUGGUUGUUUACAACUAUCAGUACUUACUGGACCCCAAAGUUUCAGGAAUAAUUUCAAGGGAAAUGGAGAAGGAGUGCAUUGUGGUUUUUGAUGAGGCCCACAAUAUCGACAAUGUUUGCAUUGAAGCUCUCAGUGUGAAUAUACGACAGCAAACUCUUGAGGGCGCUACGAGAAACUUGGGCAAGAUUUCGCAGGUCAUCGAAAAGUUUAAAGCUACUGAUGCGAAUCGUUUGCGGGAAGAGUACAACAGGCUUGUAGAAGGUUUAGCUCAACGAGGAAACUUACCAGUGGCUGAUAAUUGGCUAGCAAAUCCUGUCUUGCCUGAUGAUAUUUUGAGAGAAGCCGUUCCUGGAAACAUCAGGCGCGCAGAGCACUUCGUUGCAUUCUUGAAACGGCUUGUACAGUACAUUAAAGGUCGGCUUUUGACCGAAGUUGUGGAAAGCGAAGGGCCUUUGUCGUUUUUGAACUCUUUAAACAAGGAGUGUAGUAUCGAUCAAAAGGCUUUGAAGUUUUGCUACGAUCGCCUGCAGUCGCUGCUGACUACUCUGGAAAUUACGGACACGGAUGAAUUUCUGUACAUACAAUCUAUCUGUGAUUUUGCAACUCUCGUGGGGACCUAUCAACGAGGAUUUGCAAUCAUAAUUGAACCAUACGACGAUCGUAUGCCAAAUAUUCCUGAUCCUGUUCUACAGUUGAGCUGUUUGGAUGCAUCCCUUGCAAUAAGGCCCGUCUUCGAACGAUUUCAGUCUGUUGUGAUCACGUCUGGAACUUUAAGUCCCAUCGACUUAUAUCCAAGGCUUCUAAAUUUCAACCCAGUCAUCUUCAAGAGCUUCACAAUGACAUUGACGAGAGAUUGUCUUUGUCCGAUGAUCCUGACGAGAGGGAGCGACCAACUUCCCGUAAGCACAAAGUUUGACAUGCGAAGUGAUCCUGGUGUUGUUCGGAAUUACGGACGACUUCUUCUUGAGAUGGUGGCUGCCGUACCGGAUGGCGUGGUUUGCUUUUUUGUCAGUUAUUCCUACAUGGAUGGGAUUAUCAACAGCUGGAACGAAAUGGGCAUUUUGCAGGAAGUUAUGCAGCACAAGCUUGUCUUUAUAGAGACACAGGAUGUUGUGGAGACCACUUUGGCGCUUGAUAACUAUCGAAGAGCAUGUGAUUGUGGUCGUGGAGCUGUCUUCUUCUCAGUUGCAAGGGGCAAGGUUGCAGAGGGUAUUGAUUUUGACAGACACUAUGGUAGACUCGUCAUUAUGUACGGAAUCCCCUUCCAGUACACUCUUAGCAGAAUUCUUCGAGCUCGCCUGGAGUACUUGAGAGAAACCUUUCAGAUCAAAGAGGGGGAUUUUCUGACUUUUGAUGCCGUGAGGCAAGCUGCUCAAUGUGUUGGACGCGUCAUUCGAUCGAAGGCAGACUAUGGGAUGAUGAUUUUCGCAGACAAACGUUACAAUCGGCAUGAUAAGCGAUCGAAGCUGCCCGGAUGGAUUCAGACUCAUCUGCGUGAUGCCCACUUAAAUUUAAGUACGGACAUGUCUCUCCACAUCGCAAGAGAGUUCUUGAGAAAAAUGGCACAGCCUUAUGAUAAGAAAGGGCAAGGCACAAAUGCAACUUUGUUGUCACAGGCUGACCUUGAGAAAAUGGAGCAGAUGGAAAACAUGCAAGCAUGACCUUCUCCCAUGUCCAGAAUUUUGGUGGAAUUUUGGAGAUUUGAGAUCUCCACCAGGCUGUUCAUCAAUGUUGUACAUAUGAGGCGCUGAGAGAUACCAGAGUGGCGAGCAUAGAGGAUCUGAAGACGUUAUCGAAUUUUUGCUGCGAACUUCGUUGGAAUGUCUCACGAAGUCAGCUUCCAAUAAUUGUAAUGUGAGCUGGGUUGGAGAUAUACUCGGAACACGUAGAUUGUUAACAUUUUUUGAUACAGAAACCUAGCGGAACACAGAUGUACACAAGUCUGAGGGCUUCCUAAGGAUUGUAGUGUGGACGCUUUCCCUCUCAUAAUAUGUAAAGGAACAGUUUGAGAUGAGGGGGACUUCUUGGAGCUGACUUUUGCUUAUUUCAAAGGCCACGCAGUGGUCCCAUAUCUUCAGUUAUGGCUCACCACAAACACGUGGGUUGGAAAUAGGUCGAAAGGAGGAGAUAGAUUCGGCGGGUAUGAGGGGACCGAGAGUCGAAGCGUGUGUUGUGGACGAAUAGGUUGUGCAUAUUUAACUUUUUCCUACGAAUUCCAGUCUCUGGGCAGUGACGCUUUUAAUCUCCGUGCCUUUAGGCCGUAGUUAGCAGUCACGUGUUAUCUCAAGUUCAGAAAUUUGACAAUUCUUGCACAUUAUAGUUUGAUUUAGUUAUGUAAAUAGAUUUCAAUAUAUAGAAGUCAUUCCUCCGUACAGGAGGAAUGACUACUUGUGUGGUUAAAAACCGCGAGUGUCUACGAGUAGGAUAAUUGUAAACUUUAACGAAAAUGAGUCACGUAUUUCAACUUCAAUCCCGUGACAUAUCAGCGGAAGUGUUUUGUACAGCUUGGGGUUUGGUCAACUAUUCAUCUCGCAUUACAACAAGAGUAGUCAGAACCC